GUAGCAGGACCAAGCCACCACAGAGAGAUGAAGGCCCUCCAGCUGCUGUUGCCCAUGGUGGCCUGCCUUGCGGUGAAAGUUCGCGGCAAGAUCUUCAGUCGCUGUGAGCUGGCAUCGAUCCUGAAACGAUGGGGGAUGGAUGGGCAUGAGGGCUACAGCUUGGCUGACUGGGUCUGCUUGGCAUAUUUUGCGAGUAACUUCAACACGGCCACUGUGACGCUGGAUUCCGAUGGCAGCUCCGAAUACGGCAUCUUCCAGAUCAACGCCCGCACCUGGUGUGCUGACCAUCAGAGCCAAUCAAAGAACCUAUGCAGCAUAUCUUGUCAUGAUUUGUUGACUGAUGACAUUAUUGAUGACAUAAUUUGUCUCAAGAGAGCUGCAGCAGGUCCAGAGGGUUUGGAUGCCUGGAAUAGUUGGAGAGAUCAUUGCCGUCACAGAGAUCUGAGUUACUGGGUUGUUGCUUGCAACCUGUGAGUCAACAGCACCAGCGAUGGGAUUUAUCUCCUCGUAGCCAGUUUCUGCACCUGC